CGUCGUCGGCGUCGUCGUCGUCGUCAUCGUUGUGUCGUGUGGUGUCGGUGUCGGUGUCGGUGUCGGUGUCGGUGUCGGUAUCUAUAAUAAUCGGUAUCUAUAAGUCGUUCAAACGCGACGAACGUUGCUCAUUUCAUCUGACGAACGAUGGUGGUUCUAGAUCUUUUCGAAAAUAUAUCAUCGGUUCCGAAGCUUUAUUAUGGAGCUUUAUUCGGAAUUGGUUUCAGCUUUUAUUACCUUUUCGAGGUCGUUAAAACUCCAUUAUUGGUAUGCGCGAAAGGACCAUUUCGUUCCUUUUUAGAGGAUCAUGUGCCAUUGGUGAAAAAUAAAUUUUGGCCUACUCUAUGGUGUUUCGAAUCACGAGCGCAAACCGUAUUAGCAAGUAUAGUUAGAGCACGUGUAUUACCAGCAAUUCAUUACCGCAGAGAAAUUUUCACAUUGUCCGAUGGCGGCGAGGUUGCUUUAGAUUGGGCCGAGGAAAACUGUCCGACUACAUCGCCAAUUGUUAUCAUUUUACCAGGUCUUACCGGUGCUAGUAAUACGGAAUAUAUCAAAUGUCUGGUAUCAGCAGCCAAGAAAUCACGUAUAAGAUGCGUAAUAUUCAAUAACAGAGGAUUGGGUGGUGUUAAAUUGAAGACACCACGGACUUAUUGCGCCGCUAAUUGCGACGAUCUGGCAGAGAUUAUCGAGCAUUUAAAAAAAUUACAUCCUAAUGUUCCCCUCGGUGCAACUGGUAUUUCAAUGGGAGGAUUGAUAUUAGGUAAUUAUCUAGCACAAAACGGUGAAGCUGCGAAAGAUAAAUUAAAGGGAUGUUUUAUCAUCUCAGUGCCUUGGAACGUAUUUGCCGCAACAAAAAACAUCGAAGAUAAUUAUAUAAAUUUGAUGUUGAAUAAGCAUUUAGCUAGUAAUCUUUGUCGUACGGUAAAAAAAUAUUACUCCUCUUUGGAGACUGGCUUAGAAAACGUGGAUAUGAACGACGUCUUACGUAGUCAAACCGUACGAGAAUUCGAUUCGAAUUUUACGACCAAGCAAUUUGGUUUCAAAGACGUCGAGGAGUAUUAUCAGAAAGCAACGUUACAUGAUAAAUUGCAUUUAAUGGAGGUACCGGUGUUGUGCCUUAAUGCGGCGGACGAUCCAUUCCAACCGUUAGAAGCCAUACCACUAAACGAAUUUAGCAAAACUGAAAACGUCGCCAUCGUGGUAACUUCGCGCGGUGGUCACAUUGGAUUCCUCGAAGGUUUUUGGCCAGUAAAAGAGGAACAAUAUAUAAGCAAACUAUUUUGCCAAUAUUACACUGCUCUAUUUACCACUGGUAUGGAUUUACUUUCCCAUUAAAAGAAAGUUUUGACAUCAUCGAAGAGAAUCGUCGAUGCAAACAUUUUUAGUAAUUAUUCGGGGCGAUUGAUCAAGGUGUACCAUUGUAAGUUAUUAUUUGUCUUUUUUUGUUUUCUUCUUUUUUUCUUUUUAUAUAUAUAUCAUAUA